CUGCACUACAAGACCAUCAUGGACAGCAGAGCUUGUGUCAAAAUGGCAGCAGCUGCCUGGAGCGGUGGUUUUCUCCAUGCUCUCCUGCACACUGGGAACACAUUUUCAAUACCACUCUGCCAAGGCAACACAGUGGACCAGUUCUUCUGUGAGGUCCCACAGAUCCUCAAGCUGUCCUGUGCAGACUCCUACCUCAGGGAAGUUGGGCUUCUUGUGGUUAGUGCCUCUUUAGUCUUUGGGUGUUUUAUUUUCAUUGUGCUGUCCUACGUGCAGAUCUUCACUGCUGUGCUGAGGAUCCCCUCUGAGCAGGGCCAGCACAAAGCCUUUUCCAUGUGCCUCCCGCACCUGGCCGUGGUCUCCCUGUUUGUCAGCACUGGCAUGUUUGCCUACCUGAAGCCGCCCUCCCUCUCCUCCCCAUCUCUGGAUCUGGUGGUGGCUGUUCUGUACUCAGUGGUGCCUCCAGCAGUGAACCCCCUCCUCUACAGCAUGAGGAACAAGGAGCUCAAGGACACAGUGAAGAAACUCAUUGAGGUGGUACUAGUUCAGCAGCAAUGA